CUCAAUAUUCAAUAUUUCACUAAAACCGGUCAACCAAUGAAAUCGCAGUUUGCAUUUCGUGUUAAGAUGAGCACGCAAAAAGCAAUGGUAAACACAAGAGAAGAAUUGAAUGAAUUAGUGCGGCGGAGGACGGAAAUAGCGGAUACUCUUGCUAAUCUUGAAAGACAGAUUUAUGCUUUUGAAGGAAGUUAUUUAGAGGAUACCCAGCUUUACGGAAACAUCAUCAGAGGAUGGGACAGAUACCUAGCAAACACAAAGAACACAAACAGUAAAGCAGACAAGCGGAACCGAAAGUUUAAGGAAGCCGACCGUCUCUUCUCCAAGUCCUCAGUUACGUCAGCUGCAGCUGUCAGUGGAAUUGUAGACACAUUUGACAAAAACCGUGACAGAGAUUGUCCAUCUAGUCCGGAGUCGCAGAACAAUCAGAAUAGUGCCAACACUCCCCAGACAAAUGGACAGUCGGACAGCAACGAGUCCAGUCACCUCUCAGGGAAACUCCACAAAGGGGGCGGAGUUAUACGACACAAAAAAAAUAAGAGCAAAAAUAAACACAGGGUGGAAGUAAAACUUAAAAGAGGAAAAGAUGUAAGUAUACGAUUCAAGAAUAUGUAAAUAUAUAUAAGCUAUAAAGAUGCUUAUCUUUUCAUAUUUUUAAGGAGAAAAAAAAUAGAUAUGUACACUGUAUAUCAUAUUAGAAAGGGAAAAAAAAAACAAAUACAAUUUUAAUACAUUGUAUUUUAAUGUAUCUCGUGCCUCAUUUGAAUGAAAACUAGCACUAGAAAAUAUUGCUGAUAUGGAUACUAAUCUUCCACUUCAGAAAUAAAUGUGGAUAGGCGUGGAAGGUAUUGACCAUUUACACCAAAGUGAGUGUUCUCAAGGCUCCUCAUAAUGUUUUGUUCCUCUCACCAAUUGUAAUUCUCAUUGCUGUGGUGAUUAGAUGCUGUAACUUCCUGUGUAUCCAAAUAUGUGUAUCGUGUAUUGAAAUUCUUGUCAACAUCCAGGAUAUCUAAAUAUUUAGCAGUGUAAAUAAACGCAAUGCACAGUAGCCAUCUAUCAUUUAAUCGUUAGUAAACAAACGCAAUACACAGUAGCCAUGUAUCGUUUAAUCGUUAGUAAAUAAACGCAAUACACAGUAGCCAUGUAUCGUUUAAUCGCUAGCAUAGUUUGCAACACAUCAAUGCGAGUUAGGAAUAGUAUUCAUGUAUUGCCUGCAAAUUCAUGAUCAAGAAAAACAUUUAGUGCACUUAGUAAUACAUCAGCUUGUGUUUUCAUAACUGUAAUGAUUCUUUGACUGAGAAGAAAUACCAUAUAUGAAAUUGCUACAGUAAGAGGUAAAGUUAAAAUUGUCUUGGUGAACUAUACGAUAAAAAGUCAAUUGAUCAUGUUUAUAGCCAUUUUCUGUAAGCAAUGCUUUCAUGUAAUUAAGGCACUUGGAUUUUUUUAUACACAAUUAUUUAUUACUAACCAUACAUAUAUGUAUUAGUGAAGUAGAUAAAUUUUCACUGGUGCAAUCAUCUGUUUGUGAGACCCAUUCUGUAGAACGUCAUUUGGCCAGUUCAUAAGGUGAUAUAUAUUCUCAAGUGAUGGUUCAGGUGUUGGAUUUCUGUUUAUUUAUAGCGACGAUAUUUAGAGCCUAGUGAAUAAUUAAACUAUCUAUUUCUGGAAUUCUUCUGCCUGAAUAUAUACCAUAUGGUAUCGGACCUAGUUUAUGUUUAAUAGUAUUUUAAAAGGAGGAAUAGCACCUCAUCAUUAAAUGGCUGACCUUUUUUUUUCAAGACACUGAUGGGAAAAAAAUCAUAUGUGUUAUAUUCCUUUAAUGUCCUUUUAAAGUGUAUUGGCAAGUUCAUUGAGAUAUUAUUACAUGAGGCAGAGGAAUGUGAAGGAAAGCAUGGGUUUCUUUCUUUCUUUCUUUUUUUUGAAACAUGAAAGAUGACUUUCAAUAAAAUUUUAUUUUUUUCACUGGUGUAGGUAAAUUUUAAAGUUUUUUGAUUUCUAUAAAUUUAAUGUAUUUUUUUUUCACUGGUGUAGGUAAAUUUUAAAGUUUUUUGAUUUCUAUAAAUUUAAUGUAUUUUUUUUUCCACUGGUGUAGGUAAAUUUUAAGUUUUUUGAUUUCUAUAAAUUUAAUGUAUCUUUUUUUUCACUGGUGUAGGUAAAUUUUAAAGUUUUUCGAUUUCUAAAAAUUUAACGUAUAUAUCCUCCUCUUUGCCGUCCGGAAGAGUUUCUGUGGUGUGCUAUUCCUCCUUAAGUAUGAUUCUUUUUGUGGGCAAGGUGCGUUACAAUUUUGUUUUAGUCACUUUACAUGUAUUUGAUAAAAAUUUCUUUGACUCACAAAACACAGGAAAUUUUAUGCCUCAUUUACAUGGAUGCAUAUCAAAUUUUACUUCGCAUUAAAUUUAAUGCGAAGUAAAAUAAUGGGCAUUAGAUUAAUUUGAAUUAAAUAGCGUUCACACAGCAGUAAUAUUUAAUGCUUUGUAUAUAAAUGCGUAUCAAAUUUGAAUGCAUUUCUAAAUUAACGGUGUGCGAAAUAAAGAAAAAAAUAGACUAUAUCAAUAAAAAUUAUUUUUAUAGAUAUUUUAAUGAAUAUUGUGUAUAUAUACAGAAUUCAUUGUUCAAAACACUAUAUAUAGUGUACAUGUUUACAAUGUACAUGUAGGUAAGUUGUAACUGAUCUACACACACAGAGAAUUGUCGUGUUGGUUUUUAUAUGUUCCCAAGAAAUCACUAUGUUAUUUAUGAACUUUCACCAUUCCACUGACUAAUAUUGUGACAUAAUUUUUAAUUACGAAUACGUAUUAUCAGCCUACUAUGAUGUCAUGGUAUGGAAUUCAAACAUGAGCGACAUAUUUGUUAAUACAAAAUGAAAAAGAAAAGAACCAAAAAAAUCACGAUUUUAAAACAUUUUUAUCGUAUUUAAAAGCACCUUCCAUAUGUAUUAAUACUCGACAUGUCUAUGCCAAGCACGUCUGUGUUCACAUAGAGCUAAUGUGAAGUAAAUUUGAUUUGCAUUUAAUCGUGACGUAAAUUUUAAUUCGGAGUAAACUAAUUUGCAUUAAAAUCUUCAUGUGGUCGUGGUUCAGAUUUAAUUCACAUUAACUUAUGUUUAAUGUGAAUUAAAUUCUUCGUGUGAUCGAGGCAUUAAACAUAUUGCCAUGUUCUCCUUUGUACAAAGUCAUGGUGAUAUAAAUUGUAUGUAUUUCAUCAGACUGAUUACAACCAAAAUGAAAUGUACACGUCCAGCUCGUUUUGUAUUUGUGUGAAGGUACUGAAGGUUUUAAUCAAACUGAUAUCACGUAUUAAAUCAUCUCUUUUAUUUACAUUUUGAUUUAUGAAUUGAAGGUUUUAAUCAGAUUGAUAUCUGGUAUUAAAUCACAUUUUGAUUUAUGAAUUGAAGGUUUUAAUCAGACUGAUAUCUGGUAUUAAAUCAUCUCUUUAAUUACAUUUUGAUUUAUGAAUUGAAGGUUCUCUCAUGCUUACAGGCCUUCAGGAUGGUAACAAUUGCAAAGAGCAACAAAAACAUUUACAAAUACGUACAGAAUCAUGCAAUUAUUACGUAUUAUAUAUCAUCUGUAAUUUGUUGAUUGGAAAUUUGUAAGUAGCUCUUUCAAUUUGCUCUGGGGUGAAAAGUGCAGCAAUUUGAAAUAUUUGAUAGGAGCCUUUUUAAAUGAAAAUAUCCUAAGUAUGAUAUGAAGAUAAGGAUUGUUUUUUCUUUUUGUUUUAUAGGUGUCAGGAGAGUAAGAGGAUGGAAGUGUAAGCUUAGUGUUUUAAGCUAGUGACGUGGUCUUCUCUGUUACACUCUUCCUGGAUGGACGCAAUAGAUUUCAAUCUUCUCUCUCGGACAGACAAUUCACUGGUCUCAUCUUAAAGAAUUCAGCACUUUUCCUUCCUAAACAGACUUGAUGGAAUACAAAACUUCUCUCUCCCAGGGAGGUGUUUCAACUGAUGGAAUUCAACACUUCUCCCACACAAACAAUUUAGUGUUAGUGUCUCGAUAGAAUUCAACACUUCUCCCAUGCAAACAAUUUAGUGACAAUGUCUUAUCUGAAAGAAUUCAACUUUUCCCACCAUGACAGGCGCUUUAGUCCACAGACAGGAAAGAAUUGAAGAAAAGAAAAUUGUGUCUUUGUUUGUGAUAUUAUAGUAUGGAACAAAAGAUGACUCCUAUUUGCAACACUUCAUUGUGUGUAUCUCACCCCCUUACUCCCAAAGUUCAAACUUAUCACUUAGUACCUUUCAAUAUAAAAGUAUACCUAGUUGCUUCUCAUUAUAUUAGGAAUCUCCAGCGCUGAGAUUACGUCAUACAUUCAUUCAUAUACACAGUAUUAUCACAAAGCAUUGGCGAUCUAUCUGUUCCUCGUAACCUCUGUGGUUCAUUUAUUUCAUUGAUCGACAAACUAUAAUUCCCUAACCUCUGUGGCUCAUUUAUUUCAUUGAUUGACAAGCUAUAAUUCCCUAACCUCUGUGGCUCAUUUAUUUCAUUGAUUGACAAGCUAUAAUUCCCUAACCUCUGUGGCUCAUUUAUUUCAUUGAUUGACAAGCUAUAAUUCCUUAACCUCUGUGGCUCAUUUAUUUCAUUGAUUGACAAGCUAUAAUUCCCUAACCUCUGUGGCUCAUUUAUUUCAUUGAUUGACAAGCUAUAAUUCCCAAAGUUCUGUGAUGUAUUUAUGUUGCCAUGUAUUCAUGAAACAAUGUCUGAUUUUUCCAGACAUUCAGUAUUACAACAUAUCCAUGCUUUUAGGGUAGUAUGAUGUUGUUGAACUUUUCAGGUGUUUUAAGUUUUGUUCUGUAUUGAAAUCCCAUAUUUCAAAGUCUGUUGUAAAAGUCAUGAUCAUAAAUUAUUUUCAAAACUGA